GGGCUCUUCCAGCCUGCAGGAGCUGUGCGCGGACAUCGGCCCCCAGGCGGCCACCGGGCAGAGCGUGUCGGGCCGGGCCCGGCCUCCCGCAGGGCUGAUAGAAGGGGCCCAAGUGGAGACGCGUGGGGACCUCGGCAGCAGAAGACCGGCCUCAGAAUUCAGCGACGCCAAGAGACUCAAAACCCCCGAGAAAAGGCUCAGGGCAAGGUUGGCCUCAGCUCAGAGGACCUUUGCCAAUUUUUUUGAGUCAAAAGUCUUAGAGAAAGAGAACACUGAUGAGUGUUCUCCAGGUUCUUUCAAGGACCAGAAGGAGAAGAGCUGGCUGCGCCAGAGUUCCUGGCGGGCAUUUCUGAAAAGCAAAGAUACGGAGGGCCCCAAAAGGCCCUCCUUCGUGAGUCUGGUUCCAGGACCAGAAGUCUUGAAUCCGCCCAGACCGUCCCCACUAGCGACCAGUAACCACUGUGAGGAGCAGGAGGACAAGGAGAGCUACGUUUUUAGAGAUCACUGGACACCCCCACAAUCCCCCCUACCUUUGCCCUCCAGCGAUUUGGUCUCGUCAGACAACAGGAGAAAAAGUGAACCAACCAUCAAAUGUACAAGCCCCCGGGAAAGUGGUAAAUACCUGCCUGCGGGUAUCUUUCCUGAAAAGUCUUGGUCUUUGGCACCAACCAGACCUCCUUGGCAACCGACUGCGAUCAACCACGCCCUCCCCUCCAGCUCUGCCUGUUGCCUGGCCUAUGGAAGCCAAGGGGUACCCUCUAAGCCCCUAAGCCCCAAGCCCCAGAGCCCCAGGCCCGGUGCUCAGCAGAUGGAUUUCUCCUACCCUGGCAGGGGCAGGGCCAUCUCCGUGGUUUUUCUUGGAAGCUACAACCAUGUGGAUAGCAGCUCAGAGACCCCUGGAAGCCCCAGGACCUCCAAGUCCCGGACAAGCCUCCUCCUUUCUCUGCAGGCACUAGACCAGAAGGAAGAGAGGGAAAAAAGAGGCCAGCAUCUCUGUGGCCCCAGCACAGCACCCUCACUCAGGGACCUUCUGGGGAGUGAGGACCACAUGCCGGGGGAAAAACAGCCAGGCAAGACACCCCGUUGCUCCCACAACCAGAAAGCUUCUCACAUGGAGCCAGCUCCGAGGCUGCUCUCGCCCCCUGGGAUGGGGACUUGGACUCUCCCCUUCGUCUCUGCAGAGGACGUCCCCGGAGAGACUCCUUCACCACCCCGGAGCCUCCUUCAGCACUCACACGUCAGUUUAGAUGACCUGUGGCUGGAGAAGACGCAGAGGAGGAGGUUGAAGAAGCAGGCGCAGGUCGAAAGGAAGAUGCACGCACAUAACGACGGAGUCCAAUGUUGGAGGAAGAUGACCAUUACCUCUCCAGAGUCUUUGAAUCUCCCUAGAAGAAGCCACGCAUUCUCCCAGAGCGCCCCGACAGGACUGGACCGCGUGGGCUGGCCAGAGCACCCACCUGACGUUGCCCUCCCCGAUGGAGCUCUGGACCCGGCCCUCCGUGUGGACGAGGCGGGCAGUGAGGAGGACCUGUACGAGGACGUGCACAGCUCCAGCCACCACUACAGCCACCCUGGAGGGGGCGGCGAGCAGCUGGCCAUCAAUGAGCUCAUCAGUGAUGGAAGCGUGGUCUGUGCCGAAGCACUCUGGGACCAUGUCACCAUGGAUGACCAGGAACUGGGCUUCAAAGCUGGGGAUGUCAUCGAAGUAAUGGAUGCCACCAACAGAGAGUGGUGGUGGGGCCGCGUCGCCGACGGCGAGGGCUGGUUUCCAGCGAGCUUCGUGCGGCUGCGGGUGAACCAGGACGAGCCUGCGGACGACGAGGAGCUGGGGACCGGGCACGGCGGGGCCGGGGACGGCGGGGCUGAAGCGCAGAGCAGCAAGGACCAGAUGCGGACCAACGUCAUCAACGAGAUCCUCAGCACGGAGCGGGACUACAUCAAGCACCUGCGCGACAUCUGCGAGGGCUACAUCCGGCAGUGUCGCAAGCGCGCCGACAUGUUCAGCGAGGAGCAGCUGCGCACCAUCUUUGGGAACAUCGAGGACAUCUACCGGUGCCAGAAGGCGUUCGUCAAGGCGCUGGAGCAGAAGUUCAACCGGGAGCGACCGCACCUGAGCGAGCUGGGCGCCUGCUUCCUGGAGCACCAAGCGGACUUCCAGAUCUACUCCGAGUACUGCAACAACCACCCCAACGCCUGCGUGGAGCUGUCUCGGCUCGCCAAGCUCAGCAAGUACGUGUACUUCUUCGAGGCCUGCCGGCUGCUGCAGAAGAUGAUCGACAUCUCCCUGGACGGCUUCCUGCUGACGCCCGUGCAGAAGAUCUGCAAGUAUCCUCUGCAGUUGGCGGAGCUGCUCAAGUACACGCCCCCCCAGCACAGGGAUUUCAAGGACGUGGAAGCUGCCUUACAUGCCAUGAAGAACGUGGCCCAGCUCAUCAAUGAGCGGAAACGGAGACUGGAGAACAUCGACAAGAUCGCUCAGUGGCAGAGCUCUAUAGAGGACUGGGAGGGGGAAGAUCUCCUGGUCAGGAGCUCAGAACUCAUCCACUCCGGGGAGCUGACUCGUGUCACCCAGCCUCAAGCCAGGAGCCAGCAGAGGAUGUUUUUUCUCUUUGACCACCAGCUCAUCUACUGUAAGAAGGACCUCCUCCGCCGGGACGUGCUGUACUAUAAGGGCCGGGUGGACAUGGACGGCCUGGAGGUGGUGGACCUGGAGGACGGGAAGGACAAGGAGCUCCAUGUGAGCGUCAGGAACGCCUUCCGGCUGCGCUGCAGCCCCACAGGGGAGAGCCACCUGCUGUGCGCCAAGAAGCCCGAGCAGAAGCAGCGCUGGCUCAGGGCCUUCGCCAGGGAGCGGGAGCAGGUGCGGCUGGACCAGGAGACAGGCUUCUCCAUCACCCAGCUGCAGAGGAAGCAGGCCAUGCUGAACGCUAGCAAGCAGCAGGCCCUCGGGAAGCCCAAAGCCCUCGGCCGGCCCUACUACCUGACGCGCCAGAAGCACCCGGCCCUGCCCACCAGCCUGCCCCAGCAACAGGUCUUGGUGCUGGCAGAGCCCGCGGAAGCCCUCCACCUUCUGGCACAGCAUCAGCCGGCUGGCGCCCUUCCGCAAGUGAGCCCGCGCCCCCAACGGCACCGUCUGGACCUGCCCGGCCGGCGGGCCUCCAGCUCUUCUCGAGGCCCAUCGCACCCGGCCCUCCCUCCUCUGCGCAUUAUGCGAACUGGAAGUUAGCGGGGCUGAGCGUGGGAGGCGCUCAGUGCCCCUAUUCGGGGUUUCUCCCCCCACUACUGGGGCACUGAAGACCCGGCUGGAGAGGCAGGCCCCCAGCACGCGAACCUCCCAGCGCCCCCCCAGGCCUGUGGGGGCGUCUCGGGGGCCACAGCCCAGACCACCCACCAGGCCAGCGCGAGAAUGGCCGCUUUGGACAGCGAACCAUCCCUCCUGCUCCUGUUUCCUCUGGGCAGGAGACCGUCUCUGCCUUCAGCCACCUGCAAAGCCAGGCAGUGUGCCCUCCAACUCUCCGCGCAGGCCCCCAGCUAGUGGCCAGGCAGCCUGCGUCCCUGGCGGGUGGGAACCAGAAAUUCUGUGCACAACAUCGUCUGGCCCAGAAUCCGCCGGGUUUUGCCUCCCAGUCCCUCUCUAGACGCCCCUGGCUGCUGGACACCCUCUCUUCACUUGUGAUGUGUUUGUUUAUAGUGGAAAGAAAACAAAACCGUAGUCAGCUAAAUCCUGUCAGGGUUUGUGACCAGUCUACCUGUUGCUGUGGGAUGAUUCCAGAACCUGGUUCCAGUGUUUUUUUUUUUUGUUUGGACUCUUGUUUUCCUAAUGAUGGAGAAAAAGAAUUAGUGACACAGAAAGAUUGCCUUACCCUACGUGAGCGUGAGAAGCCAUAAGGACUGAGUUCUGUGGCCCAGCAUCCAGGACUGACCCAUCCGGAGGCUGGUGGGCCUGUGGGUGGAGGGAAGCCCACAUCCCACCGUGGAGGGGCACCUGGAGAGCGGCCGGGGCCUGGCUGGGGGUGCGGAGCGCAGAGCUGCCCCACGGCCCAAGGGAAUGAGCAGCAUGUACAGUCACUCUUGCACUAUACCUUCUCCAAGCCAGAAACCACAUUUAAUUUCAUAAAGAAACUUGUGAAAAAUAA